AUGCUGCCCGGAGCCAAACGUGUUCUGGUCGAAAUAUCCGCGCCGCAGUCACCCAUCUUCAAUCCGAAUGGCGGUGAAGGAUCUCUGCGCCCCGAAGAGUGCCCGGCGAAGUGCGAGUACAGGUGCUCGGCGACCUCCCACAAGAAGCCAUGCCUCUUCUUCUGCAACAAGUGCUGCUUGAAGUGCCUCUGUGUGCCUUCCGGCACCUAUGGCCACAAGGAAGAGUGCCCUUGCUACAACAACUGGAAGACCCAGGAAGGCAAGCCCAAGUGCCCUUAA